CAAGAUAAAUGUACAUGGUUCGGGUCGUGUUUGCUUUAGAUCCACAAUUUGGGAUUUAAGUUGUUUUAAAAUUCAGCGAUGAUAUCUUGUUACCAUAUUAUAAAGCUUUGAUUUAAUUCAGUUAAUCGAGACGUAUCUGAAUAUACAUUCGAUUUGUCACUUAAAUGAAUUGAACAAUUGAUAAAGUAUAGUUUUUGGUACACUGAAUUACGUGUGGAAAAUAGUCCCAUCGAUCCUUUAUUGAACAGAAUUCAAAGUAUGUUCUCAAACUCGGGAUAAAGUGAACAUCGUGAUGCCCCCCGCUUGGUCGGAGUAUAUCACCAAUGUCUUGAUUGAGAGUGGAUACGUAUCUCGGGCUGCUGUUGUGGGCGCUGAUGGGCGUCGAUGGGCAACAUCGCCCACUUUAGAACUAUCUUCUGCGGAGAUCCAAGCUAUCGCGCGUGGAUUUGUGGAACCAUCCAGUCUCCGACUAGAUGGGAUAUUUCUGUGUGGUAAGCCGUACACGUGUACGCGGAUGGACAGUGUGGUGAUGGUGGGGCGUGAGGGCGCCACAGGGUCGGGGUGUAUCGUGUAUCGAUGUAGAAACGCUUUAGUGAUUGGUGUGUAUGAAGAUGGUGUACAUCCUGGAGGGUGCUAUAACAUGAUAUGUAAAGUAGGCGACUACCUCAGGGAGCAAGGAAUCUAAAAAAUAUUUUGUUCUUCGUAAAAAAUUGGAAUUAAAGAAAGUUGAGUCUACAACGAAAUUCGGAGAAAUCGACCCGUUUUCCAUGCUACAAACUCAGAAAAUAGACAAAUAGGUGUAGUUGCAUACUUGGAAAAAGAGGAAGACCAUGGCAUUUCGAUAAAUUAACAAAGUAUACAUACGUAGUGUUUAAUUGGUAAAAUGGAUCGACUGUGUUUGUGUAACAGCGUGAGAAAGUUAUCUUAAACCACAAAAGAGUCCAUAGACAAUGAAAUACCGCCUUAAACGAUCUUUAGAAAUGUUUUAAAUUGGAUUACAAUGAUUCUUUUAAAAGUCGAUUUACUUUGUUCAAGCGAGUACAGGGUAUUACGGAUUUGUUAUUUUUAAAUGUAAUAAAUGAGCUUAUAUUUCUGAAUCAGCCUGUUGUCUGAUUAAUAAAGUUGAU